AUCCCCACAUUCGCCCACAUUAUCUACGAUUUCGCGCAUCAUAAAAGCCGAACAAAGGACCACAGUUUUUAAGGAAAAUGAUUAAAAGAACUUGAAUCAAACACACUGUUUAAAAUGUCGACUAUCCACCAAGGACAGCUGGUUGUAGAUCUAACAACUUUGACCGAGCCCCUCAAUAAUCAUGAACGCUAUCCUCCUAUUCCGUUGCCACCGCCUGAGAGAAGAGAACCAUCAACAACAUCUCAGGCGUUUGACGCUGCGGUGCUGUUUAAAGCAGCACCGCUCUCGGAGUCUGAACAAAUCACAGUACGAGUACCUACCCAUGGGUAUGAGGAAGUCUAUGGGGAGGAGGUUAAGAACAUACACUUCGACGACCAGACCAUACGCAAAGGCUUCAUUCGCAAGGUUUAUUCCAUUCUGCUGGUACAAUUGCUUUUCACCUGUGGAACUAUCGGCCUUUUUCUGUACCACGAGCCAACAAAAAUGUUUGUGCAGAAGAAUCCCGUUGUGCUCAUAGUGGCCGCAGUCCUUAAUAUCAUAGUUGUGAUCAUGAUAGUCUGUAUAGAAGGUGUCCGACGCGCUCAUCCCACAAACCUUGUUUGUCUUGGAAUCUUCACUGUGACAAUGUCUCUGAUGCUGGGCUGCGUUUCCAGCGUAAUGAACGCCAACUUGGUGCUUAUCGCUGUUGGAGUAACCGCGUUCCUGGUCAUCGGCCUGUCUGUUUAUGCCAUUCAAACGAAAGUUGACUACACCGCCAUGGGCGGGGUCCUAAUCACAUUUGUGAUGUGCAUCAUCAUCUUUGGCUUGAGCAACAUGCUCAUGCCGAGCCUCACCGAAAAUAUAGUCUUGUCGUCUUUAAUGGCCAUUAUUGCCUGCUUCUUCCUCAUCUACGAUACACAACAGAUCGUCGGCGGGAAUCACGAAUAUCAGUUCAGUCCGGAGGAAUACGUAUUUGCCGCUCUCACACUGUACGUCGAUGUGGUUCGCAUUCUCGUAUAUAUCCUACGGAUUCUUCAAAAGUUCAACUAGUGGAUUGCUAAAAAGAUCCCACGACAGUAUCCUUUCGCAAGGCAGGAUCCGAUCCAUGCUCUGCUCUCAAUUUUAUGGACUUGUUAAUGUAUUUAUUUGCUGUAAGAUGAUAAGUGAUAAGUGAUCGAAAAGCAGUGCCAAGCCAACAGCGAUCGAAACAGAAUGUUGCAUCGCAAUUGUUGCAACUAAUUUUGUUCUGCGCCUGGCGCAUUACGAGUGCAUGCCAAAGUGCUGUAUCCAAAAUAGAAAUACGACUGUUGCAUUAUUGGUAAUUCAAUAUUUUAUAAACUUAAUUUUUUGGCUCGUUUUGUCCUACGGUAGUUACAAUAAGUUAAUUAUACUGUAUAUCUGUGUGUACGUGUACGUGUAUGUGUAUAGUUAUAGUUAUUGGUAUGGGUGUAACUAUAAAAUACAAUCACAAAAUGUA